AUGGUGGACGAGAAGACGCCCAGCGAGCAACCAGCAUGGUCUCCUACUGCUAGCCAGGAAGGCGCCGAAGCCGAAGUCUUUGACGAGCUGCGAAAUGACGACAAGAAACCAACAACCCUGUCGACGGACAACUCCUGGAGGGACUACAAAAUCGUCGAGUUCCUAACCUACACGCCAACAUGGUGUCGCUGGAACCCAGAAAAGCCGCCCACGUUCUCGGUCUGGCAUAAUGUCCUCUUCGCCUUUGCAGGCGCUUUCACCGUGGGCAACCUCUACUACAACCAUCCGAUCCUCAACAUCUUAGCGCACGACUUCGACGUUCCUUAUGUCACGGUAUCUCGUAUCCCGACGUUGAUGCAGGCCGGCUAUGCGACGGGAUUGCUCUUCGUCUGCCCGCUGGGCGACUUACUGAAGCGACGACCAUUGACACUGGGCCUGGUCCUUUUCACAGCGACUCUGUGGAUCGGCCUGUGCCUCACACGCUCCUUCGCGGCCUUCUGCGCCAUCAGCUACAUCUGCGCCAUCACGACGGUGAUCCCGCAAGUCAUGCUCCCGCUCGUCGCCGAACUGGCCCCACCCACCCAACGCGCCAUGGCCCUGAGCAUCGUCACCUCCGGCAACCUCUUAGGCAUCGUGGUCGCGCGCAUCCUCUCGGGCGUCGUGACCAACUACACGUCCUGGCGCAACAUCUACUGGAUCGCCCUGGCCCUGCAAUACUGCGUCUUCAUCGCGCUCUGGCUGUUCAUGCCGGACUACCCAUCCUCCAACCCGGACGGGCUGAACUACUUCAAAAUGAUCGGCGGCAUCAUCCUGCUCUACCGCAAACACGCCGUCCUGGUCCAAGCCGGCCUGAUCUCCUACUGCGUCUCCGCCUGCUUCACGAGCUACUGGACCACCCUGACCUUCCUCCUGGCCGAUGCCCCUUACCACUACAGCCCCGUCGUCAUCGGCCUGUUCGGCCUGAUCGGCAUCGCCGGCAUAGGUCUGGGCCCCCUUUACGCCAAAUUCCUCAUCCAGCCCUUCGCCCCGAUGUUCAGUUGUUUGUUCGGUCUGGUCGCGAACCUCACGGGCGUCGUUGUGGGCACGUACACGGGCGAACACUCCGUCGCCGGUCCCAUCAUCCAAGCCUUCACCCUCGAUAUGGGUCUGCAGAUCACCCAGGUGGCGAACCGUGCCGCGAUAUCGUCGAUCGAGCCCAACGCCAGGAACAGGGUCAACACGGCCUUCAUGCUGCUCACGUUCACGGGCCAAUUGACGGGGACGAGUGCGGGCGCGAAGCUGUAUGAGAGAGGAGGUUGGAUUGCCAGUGGGAGUUUGAGCGUCGCCUUCAUCGGCUUGACCUUUUUGAUUUGUUUGGCUAGAGGCCCGUAUGAGCAAGGCUGGAUCGGCUGGACCGGCGGAUGGGAUGUGAGGAAGAAGAAUCUUGCCGAGGCCACCAGUGGACCGAUGCCCGUUGCCGUGGCGGACGUCAGGACUGACGAGGAGAAGUAA